AUGACCGACACUACCGUUCACCAAGCUGUGGCCCACGCCGCACCCAAUGCCGAUGCCGAAGCCCCUGUCGUUGCCGAGGAACACUCCACAACUGAGGUUCCUGCUGUCGCUACUGAGGAGGCCGCCGCUGAACCUGAGGCAACGUUCUCUACCCAAGUUGAACCUUCAGAUGCACCUGUCCUCGAUGCGGAUGAUACUCCCAUAGAAUCUGCCGUCGUCGAGGAGGCCACAAUCACCGAGGAGGUCACAACCACCGAGGUCGCCACGGAUUCCCCCCCAGUCUCGGGAGGGUCGGACAAGAAGUCAAAGUCGUGGAUUGCAAAAUUGACAAACAACAUCAAGAAGUUGGCGGACAAGAAGCCCAAGGCCGAGAAGGCUCCUGCUACUCCCGCUGCCGAUGCCGAAACUUCUGCCGCUGCUGCUACCGUUGCCUCUGCUAAAUCGUCUACUGCCUCAGAGGAGGCAUCUGCAGAGGUAGAGGGCGAGGCAGUGACAGAGACAUCUACAGAGGCUGUCGUCGCCGAGGAGAUCGCUGCCCCUGCUGAUGCUGCCACAACCACUGAGGCAGAGACUGCCGUCGCUCCUGCAACAACUGAACCUGCUACAAAUGGAAAGCUCACUGUCCCUGAGCUUGCCACUGAAGAGCCGUUGUCUGGUCCUGCAAAACUCGGCAAGCGUUUGUCCUUCAACUUUUUCAAGAAGUCGCCCAAGUCGGAUAAGGAGAAGGAAAAGUCCGCUGCAGGCACAUCCACGCCUAUUGCAGAGGUUGCAGAGGUUGCAGAGGUUGCAGAGGUUGCAGAGACGACAGAGACCGCUGACGAACCCAAGGAAGCAGAGGAGACCGCGUCUUCAGCCUCGGUCAAGGAUGUUGCUCCUGUCAUCGAGGCGACACCCAUCGCUCCGGAGCAUGUAGUCGAAGAGACUGCCGUCGCUGCUGCUCAUUAA